UUGAGUUUCUAUUUUGGUAAAAUUGACUUAAUAAUACCCUUACUGUUAAAUUCUAUAAACGGUGUUAACUUUCUUACAAGCUUAUAUUGAAUCCUUCCCUUCUCCUUUUUCCGGUGACAUAUCUCCCUUCAGCAUCUUUCGAGUAAAGGAAUCUCCUUUCUUCUUUCUGGACCAGCACACAAAGAUAAAAACAAAGAAAACUACAAGAGCAACAGAAGCAGCAACAAUAAUAACCCAAAACAGUUUCACUGUGUUUGGAAGACUUGGAAUGUGAAACUGUUUUGAGAGAGACAGUGUUUCCCACAAAAGCCGAGUUUGGAGACCUGUGGAGAGAAAGAGGGAUUUGGCCAGAAAGCGAGUUGUUGGCGAGAUUGAUGGUAGUUAGGUGAGUAAAAUUGGAGAGGAAGAGAGGAAUGGUGCCGGUGAAACAAUUAUUGGAGAGGUCGACAACAGAGAGGUUACUCCAAACAAAGAAGUCAGGAGACCAACGACCCUCUCUACGCCUUCGCCUUCUCUUCGCAGCAUUGGCCCCUCUUCGAUUCAGAGGUCGACGAUUUGUGCGCAGAGAGGAAGUCCAAGAGGGCGCGGCGUGGGGUGGAAAAGCGCUCGGAGGGGCUGAGGGGAUUCCGGCGACGUCCACGCUCAUGGAGGUGCAAGAGUUUGGUGAGAUGACGGAACACGUCGAUGAGGUCAAUUUCGCCCUCGAUGGCCUACGCAAGGGGCAACCUCUGCGGAUCAGAAGGUCGAGUUUGGUUUCGCUCUUGACAAUUUGUUCAACCUCUGAAAUGAGUCUUUUGUCUUGCACUUGUUCUUAGUGUGUGUAGUGGCUAAAGCGUUCUGGUAGGAGACGUUGCCGGAGCCAUGGAAGUCGCUUGACGUCAAGAUCGAGAUCGAGAUUACACUUGAUGCAAUUUUAUGGUGCCACGUCAUAAUUACUGCUUGGUCAGCAUGCUACCAUUAACUAGAUUUAACGUCAUUUACUAAAAUUAACGGUGAAAGUUCCAAUUGACUCAAUUUUAUUAAAAAGAGACUCAAUUGAAAACUUUCAAAAUACGAGGACCCAAUUGAUAUAAACCCACAUAAAAGG